UACAGCUGUGAAUUUCUCGUUGUUGUUGUCAUUUUGUGUUAAUGUAUUUAUUAUUUCAAAGUUAUUUCAAACAGUAUAAAAUAUUUUGAGUGUAUUAUUUUAAUUUUUGAGUUUCAAGGUACCUAAAAACAUACGUGACCAAUAUAGUGAUGGACAAUUAUGAGGAUGAUGAUGACACACAUUAUUGUAUCAAGUGUCAUUUGACAUUAAGUGGAUUGGAAAAUUACAUAAGACAUAGACAAACAGAUUGUCGUACAAUUGAUACAAAAAAUGACAUAACAAGUGAAUCAUCAAUAACAACAGAAUUAUCAGAAUUAUCAGCAAAUUUUUUUUUUAAUUCAUUACAAUUACAAAUGUGUACAAAAACAAAAACAACAUGUGAUAAUCGUAUGACUAAUGAAUUAGAUAAAAAAUUAAUAAAUAAAAAUGAUGAUAAACGUGGUAAUAAAAAACAACAAAAAAAAUAUAAUGAUGAUAUGACAAGUGAUACAUUACAAUCAGUUGUUAAUGAUUUAGAAGAUUUAAGUGAUCAUAUUGCUAUUCCAUCACUUGUUGGAUUUCCUGAUAUUGUUAAUUUUAAUGAUACUAAUAAAACAACAACAAUAACAACUACAACAACAACAACAUCAUCAACAGUAUCAUCAAAAUUUGUACCAUCAACAUCAUUAAAAACAAAUGAUAAAAAACGUAAUGAUGAUCAUCGUGGUUGGCUUGAUGAUACAUUUGAAGAUAUUGAUGUUAAUAAAGAACCAAUUAAAGUAAAUUUUAAUAGCUAUGAUACUGAUGAAGAUGAUGAUAGUGAUGAGGAAACUAGUGAUGAAGAUGAUGAUGAUCAAGAUACUUAUUCAGAUAGUGAUGAACAAGAUGAACAAGAUGAACAAGAAUAUUCACAACAAAGACAUACUGGUGGUAAAUGGAAACCAGGUCAGUUACUUCAUCAUAUAACAACAACAAAUGAUGAUGAUGAUACUGAGGAUUAUCGUCCUGACAGUCCACCUUCACAUACAGGAGGAAAAUGGAAACCAAGUGAGCAUGAAUUAGAAAAUGAUAAUUAUGAUGAUGAAGAAGACGACGAUGAAGAUGACGAUGAUGACGAGUAUAAAAAUCCAUUAAUAUCAAAGAACCAAUUACCACCACCAGGUCAUACACGUGGUAAAUGGAUUCCUGGUACUUCAAUUGGACCGACGGAAACUAAUAUCACUGAUAAUGGUUAUUGGUGCAGUCCUUGUGGUCGUAAACUUGCAUCAAAAUUACUUUAUAAUCGUCAUUUACGUUCUGAUCUUCAUACACGUCGUAGUAUACAAGAAAUUGAGGGUGAUAUUAAAUUACCAAAAUCAGUUGGUACACUAUUACAAAGUAAACGUCGUAGUAAACGACAACAAUUACUUGAAAUUAAAAAUGAAGCUGAAAAGAAUGAGAAUAUUAUUGAUAAACAAACAAAGAAAAAAAGACAACGUGAUAAAAUAGUACUUCAUUGUGAAAUAUGCCAUGCUCGUGUACGUCGCCCGCAGCUUGGUAAACACCUGCUGUCGCACUAUCAUUGUCGUAUUGCUGGAUUAAAUCCUUGUAGUCAAAAAGCACAAAAUUUUAUCUUAGAAAACAUGAAUUACGUUGUUCGACAGUGUCCAUUUCAAUGUUCAAGCUGUCGUUUUUAUUGCAACACUGAGGAUACAUUUUUACUUCAUUGGCGUUCAAAGCUUCAUUGUAAUUCUCAAGAUGACGAUGACUAUCAUUACUUGUGUGCUUGCUGUAAUUUUUGGUGCGAGACAAAUGAAUUGAUGGAAAAACAUAUGAUUAGUAUAGAACAUCGUAAUGCUGUUAUAAUGAUAAAUGGUUCAGUACCAAUUGUCAUUGGUAAACAACGUAUUUUAUCAUGUGAUACAUGUUAUCGUCGUUUUCGUUAUAAUUUUCAACUUCGUAUUCAUGCUAAAGAUACUGGUCAUUUUGUUAGUACAACAGCAAGUGAUGAUUAUCAACAAAUAAUAACAUGCAAUAUAUGCUGUCAAAUAUUUCGUUCACAAAUUGCACUUCAACGACAUCAAUUAUCAUUACAUAACAUUAAUAACUCAACUGAUGAUAAAAUAACAAAACCAUAUUUUUGUUCAUUUUGUUCGUUAAAUUUUGAAACUUCACAAGAUGCUAUUAUACAUCGAAGAACACCAGCACAUAAACAAAUUGUUAAAGAACAUAAAUUACCAACAAAAGAAUUAUUACAAAAAACAUGUAAACAUUGUAACAAUGUUUUGGAAAAUUUAAAAACUUAUAAACGUCAUUUGCUUCAGUAUCAUCGUGAUUUUUGUCACAGUUGUCCAAGAUGUGGAAUGGUUUUUGCAUUACACCAAGAAAUAACAAAACAUACAAAAAAUUUUGAAUGUCAAGAAAAUUUAAAGCAAUCAGAAUAUCUUGAUAAUAAUGAUAAAAAAUGGAAAUGUAACAGUUGUUCAUUUUCUGUAAAUUCACAUUCAGAAUAUCUGUUUCAUCAAGCACUUCAUGGUGGGAUAAUUCAGACAACUACACAACAGCCAUCAUCAAGUAAAAUAAUUGGUAAAUAUUGUUGUCCAGUUUGUGAUAAAUUAUUACCAAAAGAGUCAUUGAGAAAUCAUAUACGUACACAUACUGGUGAAAAGCCAUUUACUUGUCAAAAAUGUUAUCAAUCAUUUGUCAUGCGAUCAACAUUUAAUGCUCAUAAUAAAAUUUGCCAAGUGAUAAAUUUAAUUAACAAAGAAGACAGCAAAGAACGUCAAAGAAAUUACAUUUGUUCCGAGUGCAGUGCAGCUUUUUAUACCAAACACAGCUUGCGUCAACACAUGCUUCGACAUGAUGGAAAAAAUUACAAGUGUAAAUAUCCAGAUUGUCCAACGUAUUUACGAACUGAAAAUGAGCUUAAGACACAUCUGACAAUUGUUCAUGAGACUGAUACUGUUGAUAAAAAAUAUCAAUGUAAUAAGUGUUCUUACGCUGGAAAAACUAAAGCUCAAUUACGAAGACAUGAAGUUAAACAUGAAGAAUCAACUGAUGAGGGUCAAUUGAGUUGUCAGUAUGAACAUUGUAUGUUUGUCACGAAAACAAUGUCACAUCUUCAAAGACAUAUUCGAACACACACAGGAAAAAAACCCUACAAAUGUCGUCACUGUACUUAUGCCAGUAAUAAUUUGGAAAAUCUACGAAAACACAUAUUAUCAACAAAACUUCAUCCUGGAAAAAUGAUAUACGAGUGUGACACAUGUCAUAAAAAUAAUACCGCAAAUUUUUUUUGUACAAAUUUUUCAAAAAAUUUACGUUCACAUCUUGUUGAAUCACAUCCACAAGAAUUUCCAACGCCAGAUCAUGCCUCAAGAUAUGUAUCAAGUUUAUUUGAUGAUAAAAAUUAA